UUUGUUUACAAGGCGGCUCUGGCCUCUUUCCAGUAGAACUCGGGCCCAGAUGUUCCGUGAAGUCCUAGCACUGCAAGUAACUCCUUGUAAUAUUCCGGUUGCAUUUCUCUUCCUUCUUAGCCUGAUAAACGCCAGGCUACUCUUCACAUUCGAAUACGAGCAACGCUUGCGUGCUGUCUGACGGGAUGAGGUACCUUUCCCAUGCACGCUCAGUGUCACCGGAAGGGGCAAAGGUGACCGCUACUACAGGAAGUAUGCUGUCUCCACUAGCUUCUAGGUUCCCUGCUGUGUAAGAACGAUAAGACGGUAAGAAAAACACUAGUGACGUCCUGACCCCAACAUUAACUGGAAUGCUAAGGGAAAAAAAAAAAUCCCCGCCGGCCUUGUUUAACUUCCCGUCUUUGCCCCGCCCACUGAUGCGCACGCAGUGGGCGACCCAGCCCAUUGGCUUGGGUUACGAACACGGCUCAGCGCGGUGAUUGGUUAAUUGUAAGUCCCGAACGUUGUGACUGGUCAGCCAAAACGUCUCAGAGCGCGCGCGGGAGCGACAGCGAGCCGGUACGUCCACGGUCGGAAUGGCGCUGCAGGAUCUUGGAGAAGACUUGCAGCCUUGGUGUCCGCUGGGUCUCAGCCUCGAAUGGGUGAAGACCGUGUGGGACCUGGACUUCACGGAGAUUGAGCCUUUGGACCCUAGCGUAGUAGACGAGAUCCUGGAGACUGGAAGAGAUGCAUUCACAAAGCUCUAUGGAAGCCUCUUCGCCUUUGCGACUGACGAAAGUGGAUCCUUAGAGAGCAUCUGGACCUUCUUCACUGAGAAUAACAUUUCCAGUAACACACUGGUGGCAUUGUUUUGUCACUUCGUCCAGGAAGCCCAUAAAAAAAGUGCCAGUGCACAAUAUCGAGAGUACGGCCUUCGUGCUGCUGGGCUCUAUUUCUUGCUGCUAGAAAUACCAGGCAGCGUCAUCAAUCAAGUAUUCCACCCAGUGAUGUUUGACAAGUGUAUUCAGAUUCUGAAGAGGAGCUGGCCACAAGAAUCUAACUUGACUCAGAAAAGAAAAAAGGACCACUCCAAGAGUUCUAAGGAUAAUUAUAGGAAGGGCAGAAAAAGAGGAAAACCACCUAGGAAAGAGGAUUAUCAGGCGGAUGAACUUUCAAGAGAGGAAGAGGAGGAGGAAGAGGAGAUUUAUUUUUCUGGCCGGGACCUUUGUCAAAUACGAGAUGCCAUAUUUAAUCUUCUAAAGAAUUUUUUAAGGCUUCUGCCCAAGUUUUCUCUUAAAGAAAAACCACAGUCUAUUCAAACUUGUAUAGAGGUAUUUGUUGCAUUAACUAGUUUUGAGCCAAUUCCUCAUAAAUUUCUUAUUUCACAAGCCAGGAACCUCAAUGAAGUAAAACACAUAUCAGAGCUGGCCUACUAUGGACUGUAUUUGCUGUGCUCCCCAGUACAUGGAGAGGAAAAUAAGGUUAUUGGUUCUAUUUUCCAUCAAAUGCUGAAUGUGAUAUUGAUGUUAGAAGUCGGGGAAGGGUCCCGCUGCGCCCCGCUAGCCUUAACCUCACAGGUCAUCAAUUGUAGAAACCAGGCAGUGCAGUUUGUCAGCUCACUUGUGGAUGAACUACAAGCAAGUGUGUUCCCAAUCCUUGGCACUUUACUGCAGCAUAUCUGUGCCAAGGUGGUAGACAAAGCAGAGUAUCGGACCUACGCAGCACAGUCCCUGGUCCAGCUGCUUAAUAAGCUUCCCUCUGAGGAGUAUGCCACAUUCAUUGCCUGGCUUUACAAAUAUUCACGAAGUUCCAAGAUUCCACACCGGGUCUUCACUCUUGAUGUGGCUUUAGCUCUCUUAGAGCUGCCUGAAAGAGAGGUGGAUGACACUGUAUCAUUGGAGCAUCAGAAGUUUCUAAAGCAUAAAUUCUUUGUGCAAGAAAUUAUAUUUGAUCGUUGCUUAGACAAGGCACCUACUGUCCGCAGCAAGGCACUGUCCAGCUUUGCACAUUGUCUGGAGUUGUCUUCUAGCAACAUAUCUGAGAGUAUAUUGGAAAUCUUCAUUAACAGUAAUCUAGUUACAGGAAUACAGAGUCACUCUAACACCGUACUAAAUCCCUCAACAGUGCUAACCAGUCGAAAUUGCUACUCCGAGCAAAGCAGUACCCAUAACAAUGGUGAACAGACUCUUCCUGGAGAAAGAUGCUUCAUGACAAUGCUGAGAAAAAGAACCAAGGAUGAGAAGAUCAAUGUCAGGAAGUCUGCACUCCAGGUGUUAAUGAGCAUUUUGAAACACUGUGACAUCUUGAGCAUGGAGCAGGACCUGUUGAUCCUGCAGGACCAUUGUCGAGACCCUGCCAUAUCUGUGCGGAAGCAAGCCCUACAGUCUCUUACAGAACUUGUUAUGGCCCAACCUACAUGUGUCCCAGUCCAGAAAGCCUGGUUAAUGGGUGUCAUCCCAGUGGUGAUGGACUGUGAGAGCACAGUGCAAGAGAAGGCCUUGGAGUGCCUGGACCAGCUCCUGCUGCAGAACAUUAAGCAUCACAAGAAAUUUCACAGCGCAGACAGAAGCCAGGUGCUUGCGUGGUCCCUACUUGCUCUCCUCACCAUAGAAAGCCAGGAUCUGAGACGCUAUUUAAAUAAGGCUUUUCAUAUCUGGUCCAAGAAAGAUAAAUUCUCAUCCACUUUUAUAAACAGUGUGAUAUCCCACACUGACACAGAACGUUCUGCACCAGCCUGGAUGCUGCUCUCCAAGAUCACUUGCUCAUCACCCAAGCUGGACUACACCAAAAUAAUAGAGUCGUGGGAGAGACUCAGCAGAGAACAGUCUCCCAACUCAAACACCUUAGGCUAUAUGCUGUGUGUCAUUGGGCAUAUUGCAAAGCAUCUUCCCAAGGGGACCCGGGACAAGAUAACUGGAGUGAUCAAGGCCAAGCUAAAUGGAUUUCAGUGGUCUCCAGAGCUGAUCAGUUCGUCUGUUGACGCAUUGCAAAAGCUUUGCAGGGCAUCUGCCAAGACACUGCUGGAAGAGCAGGGACUGCUGAAGCAGGUGUGUGGGGAUGUGCUCGCCACCUGUGAGCAACACCUCUCUAACAUCCUUCUGAAGGAAGAUGGCACAGGGAACAUGGAUGAAGACCUGGUGGUGAAAUGUAUCUUUACCCUAGGAGAUAUAGCCCAGUUAUGUCCAGCCAUAGUAGAGAAGCGAGUCUUCCUUCUAAUCCAGUCUAUCCUGGCGUCUUCUGCUCAUUCGGAUCACUUACCAUCAUCUCAAGGGACCACAGACGCCCUCGCCAGUCAGCCUUCUUUCCAGCCCAGAAGCUCCGCAAUGCCUUCUGUGAUUAGAGCACAUGCCAUCAUCACUUUAGGUAAACUCUGUUUACAGCAUGAAGACCUUGCAAAGAAAAGCAUCCCAGCCCUUGUGCGAGAACUUGAAGUGAGUGAGGAUGUGGCUGUCCGCAACAAUGUCAUCAUUGUGAUAUGUGAUCUUUGUAUCCGGUACACUGUCAUGGUGGACAAUUAUAUUCCCAACAUUUCUGUCUGCCUGAAGGAUUCAGACCCUUUCAUUCGAAAGCAGACACUGGUCUUGCUUACCAACCUCUUACAGGAGGAAUAUGUGAAGUGGAAGGGCUCUCUGUUCUUCCGAUUUGUCAGCACUUUGGUGGACUCACACCCAGACAUUGCCAGCCUUGGGGAGUUCUGCCUGGCUCACUUGUUAUUGAAGAGGAACCCUACCAUGUUUUUCCAGCACUUCAUUGAGUGCAUAUUCCACUUCAACAACUAUGAGAAGCAUGGGCAGUAUAACAAGUUUUCCCAGUCAGAGAGGGGGAAGCAGCUGUUUUUGCUAAAGGGAAAGACAAACAAGGAGAAGCGAAUGAGAAUCUACAAGUUUCUUCUUGAGCACUUCACAGACGAACAGCGAUUCAAUGUCACUUCCAAGAUCUGUCUUAACAUUUUGGCAUGCUUCACGGAUGGCAUCCUGCCCAUGGACAUGGAAGCCAGCGAGUUGCUCUCAGAUACCUUUGACAUCCUCAACUCCAAGGAGAUCAAACUAUUGGCAAUGAGAGCACAGACAUCCAAGGACCUCCUGGAAGAAGAUGACGUGGCUCUGGCAAAUGUGGUCAUGCAGGAAGCACAGAUGAAGAUCAUCUCACAGGUUCAAAAGAGGAAUUUCAUAGAGAAUAUUAUUCCAAUCAUCAUCUCCCUGAAGACUGUGCUGGAGAAAAAUAAGAUCCCUGCUUUGCGGGAACUCAUGAACUACCUGAGGGAAGUUAUGCAAGAUUACCGGGAUGAAAUCAACGAUUUCUUUGCAGUUGACAAACAGCUGGCAUCUGAACUUGAGUAUGACAUGAAGAAGUAUAAUGAGCAGCUAGCCCAAGAGCAAGCUCUGACAGAACAUGCUAAUGCAACCAAAGUGCCUGAAGACAGUGACAGGGUACCCUCCGCUCAGGUUGCUCCAGACUUAGAAGCUGUACCUGCUCCUGCUGCUGCUGCUGGCCAGGACAAUGCUGAUGUGCCUCCAACCCAGAGCCGGCCUUCAGCACCUAGGUCCAACUUCACACCAACUUUGCCUCCCAUAUCUGAAAAUGGACCUCUGAAGAUAAUGUCCAGUACCAGGCCCAUGUCUCUGAGUACCAUCGCCAUCCUGAAUUCAGUCAAGAAAGCUGUUGCGUCUAAGAAUAGAACACGCAGUUUAGGAGCCUUGCCUUUCAAUGUGGAGACUGGAAGCCCAGAAAAUCCCUCCAGCCAUGAAUCUUCCUUAAGCUUGGAGAAAGAGUCUGACAGAACGGUCAACCAUGUAACUAAACGGGCAAUCAGCACCCCAGAGAAUUCCAUCAGUGACGUCACAUUUGCAGCAGGGGUCAGUUACAUAGGGACACCAGGAACUUUUCUUACCAAAGAGAAACUCGAAGCCCAAGAACAAGGAAGUGACAUUUUAUGUUUAUCGCUGCUUGAUAAAAGACCUCCACAGUCUCCACAGUGGAACGUAAAGUCUCCAGCCAGAAAUCACGGCAGCACAAGAUCCAGCCGGAGGUCCCUUCGUAAGGCCCCCCUGAAGACAGCCAACUGAGGCCUGUGGGAAUAUGUGCAUCUCCUAGAUAGAAGGGGAAAGCGUGGUGUGGCCUGCACCCACGUGGGUGUGGGAGACAUGUACCUGUGUACUGCCAGCUCCUGCCUAGGACAUCAGUGUGUCUUUGAGCAGCUUGUGUUUGUCUAACCAACCUUCCUAUUUUUAUUUCUCUUUCUAUCAUUAUAGUUGAGAUUUGUAAAUAGAGAAAUGAUGUAUUUAGACUUUCUCACAAUAACAUUAAGCUAUUUAAUACUGUGAUACUCUAUUUGAGUAUCAAACUUUCUGUGGUAAGUUACAAUAUGGUCUUUUAAGGAACACAAUUUUCAACGAAACCAGCUUUCUUCUGUAUAACUCAAGUGUCUAUAGCUUGUGUGACUUCAGUAUAAUAGAUAUGUCCCCUUAGCUAAUGGCAAAAAUUUGAAAUAUUUUUCUAUUAUUUAUAAUUACAAAUUUUUAUUAAAAGAG